AUGAAGCACGGUGUCGAGUUCUACCCGCUGGGAGGAGACCCCAAGAAGCUGGCAGCCUACAUGGUCAAGACGGGUGGUCACCUCAUCCCUCUGAGUCUGGAAGCUAUUCAGAAAGACGUGCCCCGGAACAUGCAGAUGAUCGAGGAGAUCCUCAACUCGACGUGGCCAGCAGUGUCCGAGGCAGAUCCCGAUGGUGCAGGCCCUGGUAAGCCCGGCAAACCUUUCCGAGCCCAAGGGAUUAUCGCUAACCCUGUGUCGUACGGCCACAUCCACGUCGCGGAGCGACUCGUGCCCACGACAGCGUUCCCGCAUCCGCUGGCCAACAUGGAGUACUCCGGGAAACCCAAAAGGGCCAACUACCUGUCGUACAAGCUGGUGGAUCUGCUCAUGAGGCAGGGAACCGAAAGCUCGGUGAACGCCUUCCGCACGGACAAGCUCGGGCUGCAGAAGAUCCGCAAAGGAGACGGCGGGCGCGACAUUCUGCUAGAUCUCUCGAUUCCUCACACCUUCAUGUGGAGUUCGCACCUUGUACCGAAGCCGAACGACUGGGGCAAGAUCUACGAUGUUAUCGGGACAGUCACGCUGGACGAUUCAAGCUCCUCGUACACGCCUUCACCAGAGCUCGAGGCGUUCCUUGGGGGAGUGACCAAGAUGAUCAUCGAGGCCGCGGAGCAAGCCAACGCGCGCGUGCUGAUCCAGUCCAGCUGGAGCGACAUGGCCGGCGACCUCGAAAUCCCUAGCAACGUCUUCUUCAUCGGCAACUGUCCGCACGGCUGGCUCAUGCCGCGAGUGUCAGCCGUCGUGCAUCACGGCGGUGCAGGCACCACAGCCGCUGGACUACUUGGUGGCAAGCCCACCUUCAUAGUGCCGUUCUUCGGAGACCAACCCUUCUGGGGCCGCGCUGUCUUGGAUGCUGGAGUCGGUGUGGAGCCCUGCCCCAUCUCGCAGCUGACGACCAGCAAGCUUCGCGCCGCCUUUGAAGCGUUGGGCAGUGCGGAGCUCCGACAACGAGCGCUUGAACUACGCGACCUCAUGCGGCAAGAAGACGGCGCGGGUGAGGCGGUGAGGUGCUUUUACCGCAACUUGCCUCUGAACCACAUGCGCUGUGACCUGAAUUGCGUGGUGACCUCGCGUCCAGAGAACUCGCAAGGAGAUAUCGUAGAGUACACGUACGUGGAUUACUCGGCACGAGGCCCUGACGGGGUGUUGGAAGGCGCGUCGUCUGGAGUUGGCGCGCUCGCUCACGUGUUCGGAUCUGGUGUCAAGGAUGUGUUCGUCAAACCUGCGCAAGGGUACCGCCAGGAAGGGGCGAAGGGCGCUGUGAUCGGCCUUGUGAACGGCCUCGGUGGACUCAUGAUCAGUCCGUUGGUGGGGACGAUGGUAUUCGCUGACCACGUCGCUACCGGGGCUUACAACAGCUCCCGCGAGAAGAACAAGAGGAAGAAAGGCUCGCUCAUCUCGGGGAACAACAAGGUGCUGGACGCUCUCGGUUUCAAGUCUCGCAACGUGCACAACGGGUCUAUGAGUGCAGAUGAAGAGGUUGAAGGGGAGCAACCGCUGUCUCGGCAGAUUGCAGUCGAGUUGACGCCCGAGGAGAGAAGCACGCUCGAAGCUCGAUUCCGCGCGCUUAUGAAGGAGCGCGAACUUGGUCCGCCGAGAAUGAACAUUUGCAUGAUAGUCACGGGGAACAGGGAGGGCAGCGUCCAGCAGUACGUUGCGAUUGGACUGCGACUUCAAGCGGACGGCCAUUGCGUUCGGAUAGCAACCAACAACGUCCACCGGGACCGCGUUGUAAAUGCUGGUCUUGCCUUCUCCCACUUGGCGGCAUAUAUCCACCGGCAAGCGGAGAACAAGGCACGACGAAGAUCCUGGCUCUUAGACAAUGUUCGCCACCGAGACCCGUUCGCAGAGAUGAAGGAUCUGCGCGAGCUUGUAUUCUCGCUUUGGCCAGCGUGCGUGGAGGCGGACCCACUGGCACCGGGCAAAACCUUCCGCGCAGACGCCAUCAUCGCGCACCCGUGCGUCUUCGGACAGGCGAUUGUAGCCGAGCGUCUUGGCGUGUCAUUGCACUGCAUGGGCGACGCCCCACAGUCUCGGACGCAGGCGUUCCCGUACCUCACGAGUUCAAGCACGGACUUGCAUCUUCCAUACCGCUACUCACCAGCCAACGAAGCAUCGUACGAUAUCGUCGACAAACUCGUGUGGAAUGCCAUGGCGGACAUCUUGGACGAGUUCCGCUCCUCUCUUGGGCUCAUGGGUAGAAGCAGCGCCAACAACGUGCUCGCGGACUGGCGAAUUCCUUUCACAUACUUGUGGAAUCCUGCGGUACUUCCGAAACCAAGUGAUUGGAGCAGUGAGAUCACUGUUGCCGGGUACAACGCCGAUCUUACAGCGGUGGACCAGGCACUGCAGGCCUUCGCCGAGGAGCACACCGGUAUACCGCUCAUCCACCUCCGUUUAACAAGCAGCAAAUGGACCCCACGCCAGCAACAAGAACUGAUUGGCACUCUGGAACUGGCUGCGCAGAGUACAAACGUCCGUGUGGUUUUCCAGCUCCACGAAAGCAGCAACGCCUCGCUUUCAUUUUCCAAGAGUGGGAAUGGCCUGGUGUUCACUGUCAACCAAAACUUUCCCGUGAAGCGCAUCUUCCCACACGUCCACGCCGCGAUCCACGACGGUGAUCUUCCCUUUACGUCGAAGUGCUUGGCAGCAGGGAAGCCCGGGUGUGUGGUGUCUCGUUGCAGUGCGCAGCGGGCGCUGGGUCAGGCUUUGGAGGCCCUGGGAGUGGGGGUGAAACCUUUGGAGGCCGACGCGCUGAUACUGCCCAACCUCUUAUCGCCGUCUAGUGCACUGGAGAGAGCGGUAUCGGCCUUCUACCAGAACCUGCCCCUGGCAGGUAUGACGUACUUGGACCCAACGCGGAUUGCUCGCGUGUACGACGCGGUGCAUGGACUUAAGCUGUCGUAUGAGGCGAGGCUGGUAGUGCACCAGAUCACGGGCGACAGCGGAAGCGCGGGCGACUUGAAGUACAAGCCCCUCAUGUACUCACGGCAUCACCCGCCCAAGUUUUCGUUGCGGCAGCUGGAUGGAGAACUUCUUCGCUUGUCCUCAGGCGGCGACGCGAAGAAGCACAAGGCCAGCGUUGUCUACUCGCACGACCCUGCGAGUGACGUUGGUGAGGGUGAAGAGCGUUCCACUCGACGCAGACGCCCUUCACUUCUGCGCGGUCCGUCCAUGGCGCUGGCUGUAGUGGUAACGCCCAAGUUCUGGAGCUCACCGGAGGAGCAAGCGAAGUGCGCGGCUGAGGUCAAUGUCAGGAGACCAGCGAGCUUCAUCUAG